CUGCGCCUGCAUCUAUACGCGCAUCAAAGAGCUUGCAGAGGCAGGCACCGGCGACAUUCAGUGGUCCCAGCCCUUGAAGCCCAAGCCCAGCACCAACGAGCUCCGUUUCUUCGGCCGCCCUGUGCACGAGACGGCAAGCAUCUUGGGCCUGGACGCCUUCUUGGAACGCUACGACCAACUGUCUAAGGAAGGUCACCGCCUCUCCGACCAUGAGUCUUUCGAGGAAUGGACAGUGAAAAGCGAGCGUGAAAGAGUUUCUCUCAACAUGGGAGCCGUCUGCGUUUGCAAUUUUAUCCCUGUGUUGCAUCUCCUGUCUGACUUCCGCGACCAUCGCUGCCGUGCGCAUCCAGCCCAUGUCCAUGAUAGGCAACUUUGCGAAGGAUGUGAGGUGCCGAUUUGUCGCAAAUGCCAAGAGAAGCUGGAAGAAGGCAAGCUGCCGCCUCUAUCGUUGGCAAAUGACAUGUGGACAGGCUACGCGCCGCAGCGCUUGGUGGAGCAGAAGGUGACGGUGAUGGAGGCCAUCUGCGCUUGCCCUUGCGUCACCACGCUCAUUUGCAUGACCAUGGAGGCGCGCUACGAGGACAAUAUCAAGCAGGGGGCCCGAGAAGCCGAGCCACUGAAUUCCAAGGCGCAGAUGGCCAGGCAUCGCUUCGGCGCACGGGGGAACGCCCUCACAUUCCCAUUGCCCUUGGAGGAGCUUUUCCGGGCCUUGCAAGACCAUGCGGCUGAGGUCGACGGGCAACGGCCCCUGCAACUCCCACGCGUGGGCAAGGAGCUUGAACACGUGGUCCGCGUGCUGCUAAAGACCAACAAGGAAGGAGCGACCACCGAGCAGGAAAUUAAGACUUUGAUCCAUCAGGCGCUGGUGGUGGUCGGACUCAUCGUGGACAUGCAUCGCCUCGGGCACCCUUCGUAUGCCAACCUGGAUGAAGACUUGGUGCGGGAACGGGCCAAAGCCUUGCCAGAAGAAGGUGUUCCACCGGAAGUGCUGAAGGUUUUGCCGCGCUUGGACGGGGCGCAGGACAAGUUGCAACCGCAGAAGGCCGCUACGCCGUGUGACGGCAUGGAGCCAACCCUGGAAGCCGGCCAAACUUUCGCGGCGCAGCGAGGCCGAGCCAUCGUCGCAGAAGGGCUCAGCCGCCAGGAUGCCAAUGAGAUCGCUGUGUCGGCCUUGCAGAACAUGACAGAGGAGGUAAUGACAAAGGCUGAGAAAGAAGCUGCAGCAGCGGGGCAAACAUUGGAAAUCAGAACGGGCAACAAGUUCUUGGACCAGUUCCAGCCGUACUACUUCGCAGAGGCCUUCCCGUUCUGCUUCAAAUAUGCCACGGCUUGCCCCGAUGUUGCCAACACCACAAAGCAGCAGAUGGAAGAGCAGGAAAGACAAAGUCGCCGGAAGGCCGACGCGCCAAAGGUGGGCAUUGAGGACUGGGCUGCGGCGAUGGCCAGGCGCGUGGAGACGCAGUUCCGGCGAGACUGGACUUUCAGCUUCACUGUCUGGAACUUCCUUUUCCGCACCAUGGUGAACCUUCAGAAGAACACCUACAUGUAUGCAGUGCCAGACAGCACCGUGAAGGGCAACAAGCGCAUGCUGACCAACAAGGAGAUCUUGGACGGCGGCAAGGAGGUCGCCCAGAAGCUACACCACGGGCUGUACACCGACAUCACCGGCGAGCUCAAGCCGGUCAAGGGGGACCUCAGCAAGGUGCCGCACGUGCCUGGUCUCAGCAACGCAGCCCGGAUGCUUCUCAACAACCUGGAAUGCAGAGCGCGCAACAUCCCCGGCACCCAUGAAACCCGGAAGACCAUGCGGCACCAGACCCACGCCAACCGGAUCUGCUACGGGACGGCCCUCUUCGUGACCUUCUCUCCGUCCGAGCGGGAUACUACCUUGAUGGUGCGACUCGCCAGAGCAAGGCAGUCCGACCCAGCGGUCCUUCAAGAUGGCAGCGCCAAAUUCCAGAGCAGAAGCAAACCCGAGCUUGAUGUGGAAUAUUUUCGGCUUUCACCAGAAGCCCUGGCAGAGGAGUUGCCGAGCUACAAGGAGCGCCAGGCCCUGCUGGCGCGAGAUCCUCUGGCGUGCGCCGAAGGCUUUCAAACCUUGGUUCUGUUGACCCUCCGGCAUCUCUUCGGGGUGCGCUAUUGCCGCCGAUGUCCACAUUGCGCCCAGUCAGAGAACCCCUGCACGGACGCUUUUGGUAGCAAUGCCACGGCAAUGGGUGGCGUGUUUGGCCGAAUUGACGCGAUCUACGGCUCCAUCGAAUGUCAAAAGUGUGGCACUCUGCACUUGCACCUGCAAGCCUUCCUUCAGUGCUACCAUCAGGUCACGCCGUUGUCACAGCUCAUCCACGUGGGCGAGAAGCGGCUUCUGGAGAUGCUGCGGCGCUACAGCGACUAUUCCGGCCACGUCCGCAGGAUGAUCUACAGCAACCCAGAGGCAUGGGAGGAGGAAAGGGACGCGCUUGAAGCCGCUUGGCCAGAGUACAAAGAUUGCGCCUUGAUGAGCAGCCGGCCGUCGUACCAAUGCGACAGCAUCUUGGAGCCCGCAGCUUGGAAGGCAAGCUACCUGGCAACGAACGUGGAGGAGCUCCAGAAAAGGAAGCAGCACCAUGUCCACCUCCCAGGCCCAGAUGGCGAGCGCCGACCCCUCAACCACUGUCAGGACCCAAAAGAUGCCACCAAGUGCAAGAGCGGCUUUCCGCGCACGCGUUGGGAGACUCCUGAACCUUUCCUCGUUUGCCCGCAGGAAGCACAGAAGCGCGGCAUGCCGCACAAAGGCAAAAGGAGCAUGACUGGGAUGCCUUGGGGCCCCUGCAACGACCCCAACGUCAACGGCACGCACCCGGCCUUGCUGAGCGGCCUGAGGUGCAACAGCGAUGUGCAGCUGCCAUAUCGCUUCCCUAUCCUUCCUGCGACCCAUCACAAAGAAUGCACCGGUGAGUGCUGUCAAAAUAUCCGGCCCAAAGAUCUGGUCAGGGAUGCCCAAGUGACCCAGGCAGCACAAGCGGGCUAUGCCGCCGACUACCAGAACAAGCGCCUGCCCAUCGCUAUGCACGAAGCCAAAGAGAUGCUCAAGGCGCAGAACGACUUGGCAGAGGAGCUCAAAGACAAAAAGCCGGGCUACGUGGGGGCGCGGGUCAGCAAGCGCAUCAUCACGGACUGCUAUGCCAGGGGCGUUUGCCGGGGCGCGGUACACGGGCUAUCUGCCUACGAAUUCGCCCGGCACUAUUACAUGAAGCAGGGCCGCUACCCACUCACACCCCAGAGGCAAGAGGCACACGUGCAGAACCCAGAGCUGUACGAAGCGCAGCUGACAGGGGCCGGCAUUCACAAGGUCACUGCGGGCUUCAGGCCAAAGCUGGUGCCUGGCUCGGAUUACCAGAUCAGGGAACAAGGUGGUGAAGAUUGGCUUCCGCUUGGCCAUGGUGUGCAUGCGGAGCCCUACAGGCACGACUGGGUCAUCGCACGCAGGAAGCGCCCCUAUGUGCCAGUCAUCUACGGCGCACAAGGAAGCAAGACGGACCAAGAGCAAGCCAUGCGGCUCCUAGUUCUUUUCUUUCCUUGGGUCAAUGAUGCCCGGGACGCCACCCAUGAAGUACCUUUCAUCGGUGACUUCUGGCAGAAAGACAUGAAAGACUGGCGCCACGCGCUGCGUGCACGGGUCUGGCAGGCCCGCGGCUUCCCGACGGAGGAAGUGCGGCACCUUGUGCUGAACUUCUGCUUCGUGUAUUUCCUGCCGCGUGGUCUGGCCCUGCAGGAUGACUUGGCACCAAACAGCGACAACGAGGUGGAAGAGGACGAUGUGGUGCUGGAGCUUGACAAGGAUGAUUUGGAAGACGUCAUCGUCACCCACGUCCGGGGCGCUGGGGCCCCAGCUGUGACAGCAAGCCAGAGCGACGAUGAAGAGUCGGAGGAGGAGAAGCCAUCAACCACGCUCCACGAUCUGACCAUGGACAUGUUCCGCCGCUCCAAUGCCAUCUGGCUGGCGCCGCACAAGCUGAGCAAGGCCGACCCGGUGGCAGCCAAGGUGUUCAUGCAAAUGCAAGCCGCGUGCCCUGUCCGUGACCAUGGCAUGGCACAGCAAGCCGCCAAAGCCUCAAAGCAUCAGGGUGAGGAAGGCCCCGACGCAGUUCGAAACACGCCAGGCGAUGAAGGAUCGGUCCUACCCUUGCCGCCGCUGACAAAGCAAAUGCUCGAUGACUUCCUGCACAGCGACCGCGUUCGCAGAGACACCAACCCAAAGCAGCUGGAGUUCUUGGAGCUGGUGGUGGACAGGAUCAUGGUUGAGCUGGGCCUGAUUACAAAGGAGGAGUCGAAGAGGAAGAGCGACGAGCCUUUGCGCUGGUUGCUGCACGGUCCCCCGGGCACCGGGAAAUCCCAUGCCUUGAAGUACGUGAAGGAGCUCUUUCAGAUGAUGGGCUACACGUACGGCUUGGACUUUGAGGUCGUGUCCUUCCAGACGGUCAACGCAGCAGACUUAGGUGGCAAGACCAUCCACAAAGCGUUCGGUUUCGGCCAAUUCCCUGACCUCAGCAGCCCCUGCAACCCAGAGGUCGCCAAGCGGAUGGCGCAUUGGCGCUGGCUCAUCGUCGACGAAAUCAGCCUCACGGACGCCAUCCUCCUCGCCAAGUCGGAGCACAGGCUUUGUUCGGAGGUUCCCGAAGCUGGGCAGUGGAAGCACGAUGGGGAUGGCAGGCUGAGGCCCUUCGCCGGAGUCAACGUCAUCUUGACGGGCGACUUUCACCAGCUGCCGCCGGUAUCUGGACCAAACCUGGCCGUCGUCCCAUGCAGCUUGAGCGGCAAGUCGCCAGAGAACGCCUGGGCAGAACGCGGCAGAGAGCUGCUUUGGGGCGGCGCGGUGCAAGGCGUCACGGAGCUGACGGAUCGCGAGCGCUGCAAGGACGAGUGGUGGAACGAAGUGGUGGAGGAGCUCCGGGCAGGGCGGCUUUCGGAAAAGAACUGGCGCUAUUUGCUUGGGCUGCCCGUGGAAGGCUGCGCACUGUCACCGGAAGAGAGGGCAUCACGGUGCCGGGUGAUCUCUGGCCCUGACGAUCCGCGGCUCCAGGAUGAGAAGUUUAUGGAAGCCGUGGCGAUCGUCGCCAACAACGACGCACGCUGCCAAAUCAACAAGGACAGAGCCCGUUGGUUCAGCAAAGUUUCUGGGUCCCCGCUUUAUUGGGCGCAGGCCGUGGAUAAGCGACAAGGCGACCAGGAAGAGGCACGCUCCACAACAAAUAGCCAAACAGAAAGCAGCAAACUCAAUGAACCACAUUGGCAAACACAAAUAAGUAGCCGUUGUACCCAUAGGUUGGCAGCAGUGCAAGGGGGGCGCGUGUUGCAAGUUAAUUGCGGGUUUUGUUCUCGGAAAGAAACGUAUAGCGAGUAUAGCGUGAAUCGGCGUGCUUCCCCGUGCAGGUGGCUGACCUACCACGACAAGGACACCAAGGGCUUGCCGGGCAUGCUCCCCUUAGCGGUUGGCAUGCGGGUAGCGCUCACAGAGAAAUUGGAUGAGUCGCCGGAGAAGCGGCUCCUCAUGCACAGCACGGGCCGCAUCCACUCCUGGGUCUGGGCGGUCAAUGCGCCGCACCCCUCGGUCGUCUAUGUGAAGUUCGAUAAUGCCACAUGGAAGUUGAACGGCAUCGACGAGCCCGGCGUGUACCCGGUCAGGCCAUUGGAAAGGACGUGGUACUUGGACAGCAAGCGCCAAAAGCAGGUGCUAGGGGUCAAGAGAAGCCAGCUGCCGCUGACGCCUGCAUAUGCCAUGACGGCGCAUGCAAGCCAAGGGAAGACCUUGCCGGCCGUGCUCUUGGACCUCUCCGUCGACAAGCGUGUGGACAUUACCUUUGGCGCGGUGGCUUCCAGCCGGAUCCGCAGCCGCUACGACUGCUUGAUCCUGCGCAGUUUUGAACACUGGCUCUUUGAGCGCGGCGUGUCGGAGGGCCCGCAGCUCUUGAUGCAGCAGCUUAGGGGCGAAAGGGUCGAUUGGAUGGCCUACAAAGAAGGCCUCGCUCCUUGGGCCACCUGCCGACACUGUUUCCAGGUCAAGACGCUCGACUUGUACGAGCACGAGCAAUGGGAGCACGUCCGCGCCAACAGGCCGGCAAUGUGCAUGCAGUGUAAACAUGGAGAUCACGGGCCCAAGGCCCGCAAGCUGGACAGGGGUACGAAAAGGAUUGCCUGCAGCUCUUGUCGAGUCCACAAGAUCGAGGAUGGGUUCCCCCGGGCCCAGCUCAAACAGAUAGGCAACGAGAAGUGCCUGACGUGCUGCCAAGCCAUCAAGCGCCCGCAUUGCUGUGAGUGCCGCCAGACCAAGGGCAUCGAGCACUUCGCCCCCACCAUCAUAACCUUCCCAGCAAAUGGCGUGGUUUGCACAGCUUGCCAGGACGCGGUGAAAGGGAAAGGUUUCAAGAAGGAACGCAAGAACUGGUUCAGGUGCCGAAGCUGCGGCGAAUUUCUCCCAAGCAGCGUCAGCCCUGAUGGCAAGGAGCGGUGCCUCAACUGCGCCACUCGAGGGACCCGGCAGAAAGAUGAACAGACCUGCCGCGGCUGCAAGCGCAAGUGGCAUGAGAAGCAAGUAAAGGGCCAGCGGCGCAAGCGGUUCUGCCCUGAGUGUCGCCGUUAA